ACCAGCUUAGCUCAGAGCUGUAGCAGUAGCAGUAGCAGAGAGGGUUUAACAAUCCGCCAUAGCCGCCUCCCUUUCUCCCACAGUACAGACAGUGAAAAUGCGUAGACUCACGUCCCCAUUAACACGCCCCCACCUUCGAACACUGCUCCGCCGCUGUAUUUCUUCGUCGGCGACUAAUCAAUCCCACCACCUUCCCUAUUCCCAAGUCUCCCUUUCCAAAACCCACCUUUUCACUUCACCACUGCCCCAUGGCCCAUUUCCGUUUUCACUAUAUUGCACCAGUUUUAAACACUUUUCAUCCCAAUCUGAAGAUCCUGUAAAGGAUCAAGAAGAAACAAUUGCUCAGUCUUUAUCGUCUGAGCUUGUCAAAGAACUGGACUCGGAAUCUCUCUCCAUUCCAGAAAGACUAGAUCUUUCUUUCUCCCACAUAACUUUAACGCCUUCCCUGAUCCUUACCACACUCAAUCUUUCCCCAGAUGCUGGCCGAACUGUUUUAGGGCUUUUCAAAUGGGUUAAAUCCAAAGAAAGUUUCAAUCUUGAUGAUGAAGUUGUGUCUUACUUUGUGGAUUAUUUUGGGAGGAGAAAGGAUUUUAAAGCUGCAAAUGACGUGCUUACUGAUGGCCGAGGGGUAACCGGCUUUAAGACGUUUGAGUCCAUGGUUGAUAGGCUUGUACGGGCCGGGAGGUCCACUCAGGCAGUGACAUUCUUUGAAAAUAUGGAGAAUGAUUAUGGGUUAGUUAGGGAUUUGAAUUCUUUGAAGUUGGUUGUUUCUAGGUUGUGUGAGCAUGGUUUUGCUAGUUAUGCUGAGAAAAUGGUGAAGAAUUUAGCUAAUGAAUUUUUCCCUGAUGAAUAUGUAUGUGAUAUGUUGAUAAGGGGUUGGUGUGUUGAUGGGAAACUUGAUGAGGCCCAGAGGUUAGCUGGGGAGAUGUAUAGAGGAGGGUUUGAAAUUGGUACUGCAGCAUAUAAUGCAAUUCUUGAUUGUGUUUGUAAGCUUUGUAGGAAAAAGGAUCCAUUUCGGCUUCAAUCCGAGGCAGAGAAUGUGUUGGUGGAAAUGGAAGAGAAGGGGGUUCCUAGAGAUGUGGAAACCUUUAAUGUGUUGAUCACUAACUUGUGUAAAAUCAGGAAAACGGAGGAUGCUAUGAAUCUGUUUUACAGGAUGGGGCAAUGGGGUUGUUCUCCAGACGAGACGACUUUUUUGACACUUAUUAAGAGCUUAUACCAGGCUGCAAGGAUUGGAGAGGGUGACGAAAUGAUUGAUAGAAUGAAAUCUGCAGGUUUUGGGGAUGCACUUGAUAAGAAGGCCUAUUAUGAAUUUUUGAAAAUAUUAUGUGGGAUUGAGAGAACUGAUCAUGCUAUGAUUGUCUUUGCAAAGAUGAAAGAGGAUGGUCGCAAACCGGGGUUAAAGACUUAUGAUUUGUUGAUGGGAAAGCUGGUUGCUCAUAAUCGUGUUGACAAAGCAAAUGCCCUUUACAAGGAAGCUGAGAACAAUGGAUUGCCAGUUGAGCCAAAGGCAUAUAUGGUGCAUCCUAGAUAUGCAAAGAAGAAACCUACAGCCGUGAAGAAGGAGAAGAAGCGAGAGACACUGCCUGAGAAAAUGGCUAGAAAGAGGACAAAGCUAAAGAAAAUUCGCCUGAGUUUUGUGAAGAAACCUAGGAAAAUGCAGCGCCGAGCAUAUUGAUCCCUUCUGUAUCUGAUGAUUUUGAGAGAGUUUUUCAAGUGGUAUGCUGAAAAGUUUUUCCCCCUUUGUUUUGAUAUAAAACUAGACAACAUUAGAAAUAAAAUCUUUGAUUCGCAGCUGCGCACACUCCUUUUUUCUUUUUGCUUUUAAAAUUUUUAACUGAUGAACCAAUUUAUAUUUUUGUAUCUCAUGAAUCCAUUUUCAACAUAAGAUCCAACUUGCUGUCA